UCUUUACUGUUUUGCUUUCGUCUUCUCCACCCUGACCAAUCAGAGCAGGCCGAGGCGAGACACCGCCAAGAUCAGAUUGUGUGAGGCGCUGCUGUGAGCUGGGCUAGGACCAGAGUGCUUUUGCUAACUUGGGAAGUGCACCGGGGUCUAAAUAUUGAGUGACAUAAAACAUUUUUUUAACCUGACACAGAACUCCUUUCGGUCCUUUGGGAUCAUGGCUAAAGAUGCUGGUCUGAUUGAAACAAAUGGAGAGCUGAAAGUUUUCAUCGAUCAGAAUCUGAGCCCAAGCAAAGGUGUCCUGUCCUUGGUCACUGUCCAGCCUACCGUGGCCCCCAAACAACUUCUACCCAAAACCCUCGGGCCGUCUAAUGUGAAUGUUGCUGCACACAUGCAACAUGUGCCACACAUGGUGAUUGGAACACCGCAGAGGCCGACGGUGUCGAAUACGAUUUUGGUAAACAGUCCGCACACGCCCAGUUCCCAGUUCCUAACUCAGAGUCAGCCCGCUGAUGCUUCGCCCUGGUCAUCAGGAAAGCGGGGUAAGAAAGGGGAAAAGAAUGGAAAGGGCCUGAGACAUUUCUCCAUGAAAGUGUGCGAGAAGGUGCAGAAGAAAGGAGUCACCACCUACAACGAAGUGGCAGAUGAACUGGUCGCAGAAUUCAGCUCUUCAGACAACCACAUGUCACCUAACGACUCACAUGUGUAUGACCAGAAAAACAUACGGCGACGUGUUUAUGAUGCGCUCAAUGUGCUCAUGGCCAUGAACAUAAUCUCAAAGGAGAAAAAAGAGAUCAAGUGGAUCGGGUUGCCCACCAACUCGGCGCAGGAGUGCCAAAACCUAGAGGUGGAGAGGCAAAGGCGGCUGGAGAGGAUUAAGCAGAAGCAGUCGCAGCUUCAGGAGCUCAUACUGCAGCAAAUAGCCUUUAAGAACCUCGUUAAGAGGAAUAAAGAGACAGAGCAGCAAGCAAACAGACCCCCACCUCCAAACUCCAUCAUCCACCUUCCAUUUAUAAUCGUCAACACCAGCAAGAAGACCGUCAUUGACUGCAGCAUCUCCAACGACAAGUUUGAGUAUUUGUUCAACUUUGACAGCAUGUUUGAGAUCCACGAUGACAUCGAGGUGCUGAAGCGCAUGGGCAUGGCCUGUGGUCUGGAGGUCGGGAAGUGUUCUCCUGAGAAUCUGAAAAUUGCACGAAGCCUGGUGCCAAAGGCCCUGGAACCUUACGUUACAGAGAUGGCAAAAGGCCCCAUCAGCAACGUCUACAUCACUGGAGGCUCUUCGGCCAAUGGAGCCCGUUACACGGCAAGUGACGGCUGCACUGAUGGCACCAUGGCGUCCAGCUCAAACGACUCUCACUACAGCGGGUCUCGCGUUGAGACCCCAGUCUCUUACAUGGGGGACGACGACGACGAGGAUGAGUAUGAGGAGAACGACGACGAAGACUAACCCUCCCACAGCUCGCCACUCCAACGAGCACAGUCCUUCAAACCACAGUCACCAUGGGAAUUGAACUCCCCUUUUUGUGUGUGCUUCUUGAACCCUCCCCCCUCUGUCCCAUGCCUGUGUUUCUGUCUGGCUUUCUCAGGGCUGUAGAUGAAUAUUGAACAAGCAGAGGUGGUGUUUUCACCCGUAUCGCUCUGCGCCUAAAUCACCUGCACCUGCACCACAGCUCUGGGGGAGGUGCGGUCCAAGGGAACUGUAGUUUUGUUUUUCUGACUCGGCCACCUGAAGUCUUCGUACAUCUAAUCCUCUUUUCAAUAAGCCAUCCCACUAUAAAAAACACACUGCUGUUGGAGAAUGUAAAAUGUACCUGUUUAAAUAGUUACUCUUUAUUAUUUUGCUAUUAACCUUUGGCAGACGGACAUGAUCAAAUUGUUCCCACAAUGUCUGCGCUAACGUGCUGUUAGUACACCUCUGCUGGUCUUGAAUGGCGUCCCGAGUUGGGACUCCAUCCGGAACUUUCCGUACUUUUUUUAUUUUAUUUUUUUGUAUGUGUGUUCUGCACAAUGAUUUGAAAUAGUUUCCCAUCGAGUUGGGUUGGCAUCCUCCUGUUCUGUAGGCAGCUGCUUUCUGAUCCUGUUUGCUAGUUUUGUUUUGUAUCUGUUUGUUUUUGUAUUCUGGAGUUGAGGAACAUUUCACCACCGCCCUGUUAACGCCUUGGUAGUGUUUACAAAAAAUGGCAGCAGUGAGGAAGACUUAUAACCCAGGCUCCUGAUAGGUAAAUAAGCUUUGUUUGUUAAUUAAGUAUAUAAAUCCUACAAAGAUUGUAGCUUAUAGUAUCCUUUAGAGGCCAGUGGUUAAGAUAGACCUUCGAAAAUUAUUGAUGUAACACAAUGUGUGGUUGUAUAGAUCUUUGUGUAUUCCUGUCGAAGAUCUCCCUUUUAAAACUGAGCAACACAUGUACUGACUCUUCCAAAUACCUUUUCUGUAAUCUAAUAUAAGUUUGCAAAUUAAAAUAUAGAUUGUUUUAAUAA